AUGGCGGUUUUAAAUAAGGACAUUGUCCUUACCAUACUCUACCAUCAAAUCAUCCUUCUUAUCAUUCUUAUCAUCCCAAGGAGAAAGCAAAUCGGCGACCGGAACUUAUCAUCGGAUUAUCGCCGGAAUCAUCCUUCUUUUAGGUUUUCGGCAACCGAAACUAGGGCUUCGAAUCUUGACUUAAAGGAUGUCCCUAUCAGCUUUGUUACUCAAUUCUACGGAGAGGAUUGGGCCGAUAGGAAGAUGCGUAUAUAUCACUCAAGUGGGAAAAUUUGGGUCGUAAUGUUGAAACGAUUAAAACGUAUGCCAGUCUUAACUGACGGCUGGGGAACAGUUGUUUCAGAUCUCAAACUUCAGAAAGAUUGUCUCCUGACAUUUCGUCCCAUGAACCAUUUUGGUCUCUAUCUUUCAUCUUAUGUUAAUGGCGUAUGUGAGCAAUCUUAUUUCACGAUUAAUCGUCAUCUAAGAUUGGGUUUUACGAUCAUUGAAGAUUCUUUUAUCCAACAAUGUUUUGGAGACGAUGUAAUGGCUGGCUCAUAUGAAGUUAAUUAUAAGGGUUCUCCGUGGACGGUGUCAACAAGUAAGGUUAAUUCAAACUAUGUAUUUUCAGAAGGUUGGACUCAACUUUGCAACGAUCUUGGCGUUCAAGAAGAUGAUUUAUUGGUUUUUGAAAAACUUAAUGAUGUUAUGUUUGGAUUAACGGUGUAUCGAGACGAGGUUGAGAUAAGGUUGAGCAAGAAGGUUGAAUCUGGUGAUGAUGAUGUAAUUCAGAUCUCUAGGGCCGAUUAUGAUAAAGCGCUUUUUAAGGUAGAUGAUAACCAGCCCACAUCUGUUAAAAGUCCAUCAGGAACAGUCCCGUCAAGUACACCGAAGACGGUUCAUGUUAAAGAGACGUUGAAAGUAGGUGAUGGUUUACAUUUCACGACAAGACAAGAUGUCAAAGGAAAGGGAAAAGGUAAACUUUCUGUCGACCGAUCCGUCACAGUUGAUAAUUUCAACAAACAAUGCAAAGGCCGAAAACGUUAUACAACAUCUGGUCAAACUGUCAAGCAUCCAAAGAAGGUUUCAAGGAAUGCAAACAAAGUUUCCCGUAUCGGCAUUGAUCCAGAAUAUUUCGACUUUAGCCGUAAAGCUGAGUAUAGGCUGCGGCUUCCGGUUGAGGUUGUUAAUAGAGCCGGCCUGUCUGAAAGAUUGCAACCUAUAUCUGUCCAGAACUUGAAUGGUGAUGUUGAAGUUUAUGACACAAAGACAGAGUUAAACAGUGCAAUGCCUAAACGACCAAAAAUUGUCUCCGUAUACAAUGACAUUGAUAAAGAAAACACUCAGGAUGAUAGAGAUGUAUAUUUGUUUUUAUCCGCAGUUCACCGGAAUGAAAACACAUCCUCCGACAUUGUUAACGCUGUCCUCCCAAUUGUUACUCGAGACGAGGCAUCUCAUAGAAGAAAAUUAAGAAAAUUAUACUUGGAUAAUAAGAAAUCAAAUGUGGGAACUACAUCGUCAUCCCUCAAUAUUGAUUCCACUAAUAUUAAUUCCACUUCCACUCCGUGUGUUACAUCGGAUAACAUAGUCAACAGAAUUGGUUUUCACAAUUUUGAAUCCACUCCUGAGGUGACUAAUAAUGUUACUCCAAGUCCGUCAAGUAUUGUAACAAGUAACAUUAUUUGUAGUACCAGCAAUCGUACAACAAGAAAAAACGGUAUUGGAAAUAAUAUUUCAACUGGCAUCACAUCAACCACCUGCACAUCAUCAUUGAACCGUAAUUUGCAAAGGCUAUCAUCUGGGAAACAUUAUUUGGAUCACGGUGAUCAAGUUAUUACUUGUGAAGUUUGUUAUGCAAAGUUAUGGGACGCAGAGAAAGGAAGCGGAAGAAAAGAGGGUGGCAAAAUAUGUCAUAUGUUAUGUUGUGGUUAUGCCAAAGUUGUGUUACCGGAUUACAAAACUGCGACACCUUAUUAUAAAAGUCUAUUCAUGUCCAAUGACAAUGAAAGCAAGCACUUUUUGAAGAACAUUCGACGUUACAAUUCUAUGUUCGCGUUUACCUCAAUGGGUGGUAAGGUUGACCAAACCGUGAAUACUGGUAAUGCUCCUUUUUGCUACAGAAUUAGUGGUGAAAAUUACCAUUCUAUUGGUAGUCUUGUGCCACCAAACGGAGGGAAGCCUAAAUUUUGUCAGUUAUACAUAUACGAUACUGAAAAUGAGUUGGCAAACAGGUCUUCAGACAAUGCUUCCUCAUCAACCUCUUCAGACGAAACUGAUAAUAAGCUGAUACAACAAAUCAAAGCAAUGUUGGAUGCCGACAAUGUGCUUGUGAAAAUUUAUAGGAUGGUUAGAGAUUGCUUCCAACAAAAUCCUAAUACCACUUUAAAGCUUCGCCUUAUUGGCAAAAGAGAACAAGAUGGUCGGACUUAUAACUUACCUACUUCCUCCGAGGUUGCUGCUCUUAUUGAUGGAGAUAUCGAUAACGCACUUGAGAAUAGAGAUAUCGUUGUCGAGACACAAACGGGUUCAUUAAAAAGAAUAAGUGAAUUGCAUCCUUCCUAUCUUGCACUUCAGUAUCCUAUUUUGUUCCCAUAUGGAGACGACGGUUACAGAAUUGACAUACCACAUAGGGGUGUCAUUGAUGUUACUAACAAGAAACGUCCGAAUUGUACAAUGAGAGAGUUUUUUGCGUAUCGUGUACAAGAUUGUAGUAACCAGUUUUCAUUGAUUCUAAAUUCUCGACGGUUAUUCCAACAGUUCUUGGUUGAUGCUUAUACGAUGAUUGAGAGCGAGCGACUUAACUUUAUAAGAUUUCAGCAACAAGAUCUUAGGUCUGAUACAUAUGAGAAUAUCCGGAAACUAAGAUAUAACGGCCAACAAGAUUUAUCUAAGGUUGGAAAACGUAUUUUCCUUCCAUCUUCCUUUACAGGCGGGUCACGAUAUAUGAUGCAAAACUAUCUUGACGCAAUGGCAAUUUGUAAAUGGUAUGGUUAUCCAGACUUUUUUAUAACCAUUACCUGCAAUCCCAAAUGGCCGGAGGUUCAAAGGUUUCUUAAGGAGACAAAUCUUAAUCCGGAGGAUAGGCCUGAUAUUUUAUCUCGAAUUUUUAAAAUAAAGCUGGAUGCAAUUUGUAAAGAUUUGAAAGACCGUGAUUUGUUUGGAAAAGCUUCAGCUGUUGUUUACACUAUUGAGUUUCAGAAGCGAGGAUUGCCUCAUGCGCAUAUGUGCUUAUUCAUGGAGAAUGAUUACAAACUUCCAACUGUAGACCAUGUUGAUCAGUUUAUUUCUGCAGAAAUCCCUGAUUUAAACCAAGACCCGGAACUAUAUACGCUUGUGAAAGACCAUAUGAUUCACGGUCCAUGUGGUAAUGCUAGAAUGAGCUCUCCAUGUAUGGUUGAUAGAAAAUGUUCAAAAGGUUUUCCCAAGAAAUUUCAAGAUCACUCAACCUUGGAUUCUAACGGAUUUCCCUUAUACAGAAGAAGAGAUGACGGUUCCUUCGUUUUAAAAAAUAAAAUUGAGUUAGACAACAGAAGUGUUGUACCUUAUAACAAAAAGCUUUUGAAAAGAUAUCAGGCGUAUAUAAACGUUGAAUGGUGCAACCAAGCGGUGUCAAUAAAGUAUUUGUUCAAGUAUAUUAAUAAAGGUCCUGAUAGAGCAACAGUUGUUGUGGUUCCGAGCAAUAAUGAAAACGAGCAAGCAGAAAAUGAUGAAAUUAAAGAGUAUUAUGAAUGUAGGUAUAUAUCUGCGUGUGAAGCCUCUUGGAGGAUUUUUUCUAAUGAAGUUAAUUAUAGGAGUCCUUCUGUUAUGCGGCUUCCUUUCCAUCUUCCUGGACAACAAACAGUUUGUUUCGGUCCUGAUGAAGAUAUUAAUCAAUUUCCGCGGUUUUAUGUGUGGAAGCUUGACAAGCGUAUAUGGGUUCCGAGAAUAAAAGGAAAAACAAUUGGAAGAAUUCAUUCCGUUUCUCCGUCUACCGGUGAAGCGUACUAUUUAAGAAUUCUUCUUAACAAAGUUAAAGGACCAACAUCGUUUGAUGAUAUUAAAACAGUUAAUGGUCGAGUGUACGAUACUUUUAGAGAUGCUUGCUAUGCGCUUGGUUUGUUGGAUGACGACUCGGAGUACAUUGAGGCCAUCAAAGAAGCAAAUAUAUCAGGUAGUGCAGGUUAUAUUCGCAAUUUAUUCGCCACCAUGUUACUGUCAAGCACAUUAUCUAGACCUGAAGUUGUCUGGGAAAGCACAUGGAAGUAUAUGACAGAUGAUUUUCUGUACAGAUUCUCAAAGUAUCAUCGUGUUUCAGGUUUAUCAAUUCCUGAUGAGCAACUAAAGAACUAUGUUUUAUGCGAAAUCGAGAAGUUUUUAACUCGGAAUAAUUCAUCGCUUCGAAGAUUUUUAUCAAUACCUUACCCGGAUACUUCAUCUUUAGAUAACUUUCGCUGCCGAUUGAUUAACGAAGAGCUUGCUUAUGACAGAACAGAGUUACAAAAUGUUUAUCAAGGUCAGGUGAAUUUGUUAACGGAUGAACAACGUGCAGUAUAUGAAGAAAUUAUGAACGCAGUUCAUGGAGACAAUGGAGGAGUAUUUUUUGUUUACGGUUAUGGCGGGACCGGUAAAACAUUUUUAUGGAAAACAUUGUCUACUGCAAUUAGGUCAAAAGGUGAGAUUGUAUUAAACGUUGCAUCUAGCGGAAUUGCAUCAUUGCUGUUGGAGGGAGGAAGAACGGCUCAUUCUAGGUUUCAUAUACCUUUGAAUCUUAAUGAGGAUUCCGUUUGUCAUAUCAAACCAGACGAUGAUGUAGCUAAAUUACUACAGCAGACCAAACUCAUUAUAUGGGAUGAAGCUCCUAUGGUUCAUAAACAUGCAUUUGAGGCUUUGGAUAGAACUAUGCAUGACAUUUUCAAUAUAUCUAAUCCAUCCAGGCAAAUACUACCUGUUGUUCCAAACGGUGGACGUCAAGAAAUUGUGAAUGCCUCAUUAUGUUCUUCUUAUCUGUGGAGUAAGUGUAAGUUGUUGACGUUAUCUAGAAACAUGAGGUUAACUGUUGGAAGACCAUCAUCUGAAGUUGAAGAGAUCAGUAAUUUUGCAAAAUGGUUGUUGGACGUUGGUGAGGGAAAUGUUGGUGGUUCCAAUGAUGGAGAAGCAAUAAUUGAAAUACCACCUGAGCUUUUAAUUGAUAGCAUAUCUGAUCCAAUUUCUAGCCUGAUUGAUUUUGUUUAUCCGUCAAUCUUGGAGAAUUACAAUGAUCGUAAUUACUUUAGUACCAGAGCUAUACUUGCGCCUAAGAAUGAGGUUGUUCACGAGAUUAACGACAGAUUGUUGGCAGUUUUCCCUGGUGAAGAAAAAGAGUAUCUUAGUUCUGACAGUCUAUGCCCUACUGAAGAUGGCAAUGUUGAUCAGCAAAAAAUAUACUCCCCCGACGUGCUCAAUGGUCUUAAAGUGUCUAGUUUACCAAAUCAUAGGUUAGUGCUUAAAGUUGGUGUUCCAGUAAUGUUGUUGCGAAAUAUUGACCAACGAAAUGGUUUGUGUAACGGUACAAGGUUAAAGGUCACAAAACUUUACAGCCGUGUUAUUGAAGCUGAGAUAAUUUCUGGUGGAAAUAUUGGUUCUCGGACAUUCAUACCUAGAAUGAAUUUGGUACCUUCGGACCGAAAGAUUCCUUUUGCAUUUCAAAGCAGACAAUUUCCAAUAACUGUAUGUUUUGCAAUGACGAUUAACAAAAGCCAGGGACAGUCGCUAUCUAAGGUUGGGUUGUACCUAAGACAACCAGUUUUCACACAUGGUCAAUUGUACGUAGCUUUAUCCAGGGUUACAAGACGAGAUGGAAUCAAGUUACUAAUACUUGACAAUGAUGGCAGGCCUACAAAUAAAACAACCAAUGUUGUAUAUAAAGAGAUAUUCAAUGGAUUGUGA